AUGAUCUAUAAAACACGUGAUCGGCGCGUCGCGUUGAACGGUAUUCUGUCCGAACUCCAAAUUCCUCACCAGUCACCUCAAACCCAGCAUAACAGAUCCCUCAAUCACCCCGCUACAUCUGAACCCUCAUCUCUGCAGGGGGUACACAUAAUGGCGGAAUCAACCUCCCAGGUCCAGCAACCAGCCGCGUCGCCCUCCCCUCCCCCGCCAGCACCGAUUCCUCAAACCCCAGGCCCGCGCGCCUCUCGCCUGCACCAGGUCUUCGACCAAGCACUGGCGCGCACACUCCGCGCAAACUCAUACCAGAACUUCGCAAGCUGUUUCCCGACUCCUGCGCGCCAUGUCCCGGCUAGUCUGGAGGGUGUUUGGCGACAGCUGAAUGCGAAGCUGGAAGCUAAUGCUAAAGCCGAGUUUGAGGAUAUUGUCGCGGAGCGGGAUGCGAUACCUCAUCUAAAUGAACUUGAUCGACUAGUCAAUGAUGCGAAGGCUAGGAAAGAGCAGGAGGCUGAGCAUAGUGAGCCACAGGAACAUGUAGUCCCGCAUACACUCGGUGCAGAAGAUCUGUACAAAGCGCAUAUCACGCCAUUCCUCGAAGAAGCGCAGUCAACACUCAACAACAGGCUUCAGGCUACGAAUGCGGAAAAUGCAGAACUCGCGCAGACAGUUCAGGCGCAAAGACUCGAGAUUGAGCAACUGCUAUCACAUCUUGGAUUGGUUGUUUCGGAUAUUGAAGGUGCUGCCGCUGCAGCCACGCAGUUCAGCAAUGAGCAUCAUAUUCGUCAGGACGCCGUGCAAAUGGACCAAGAAGCGAGUGCUCGUCCUGCUCUGUGA